GAUUGGACAAAGGAGAAUUACCAAGUCAAGAUACACCAGAAAAAUGACGACGCAACUUGCUACUCACAGAGCAGACGCCGAGAUCUACAACGGCGACGCUCUCUGCAAGCAAAAAUCUCAAGAACUUCUCGAUCAAUUCUUUCUUCCUCGCGGCCUUCUCCCCUUAAACGAAAUCCUUGAGGUCGGCUACAAUAAGACCUCUGGUUUCAUUUGGUUCAAGCAGCAGAAGAAAAAGGAGCACCGGUUCGCCGCCAUCGGACGCACUGUCUUGUACGAUAUCGAGGUCACCGCCUUCAUCGAGGAGCGUCGUCUCCGCCGUCUCACCGGAGUUAAGAGCAAGGAGUUCUUUCUUUGGAUUACCGUUUCCGAUAUUUAUAUUGAUGAACAGAACACGAGCAGGAUCACCUUCGGUACUCUGACUGGAAUUGCCAAGUCCUUUCCGGUCUCUGCGUUUCUGAUUGAAGAAGAAACUGAUCGGAAGAAGUGAAGAUUCUUAGGGAUUGAACUAAAGGAUCGGUGAAUUUCAAAACUCUGAGUCAAUUCGGGUAUGGAUACAUUCAACAUGAAUAAUUUGAUAAUAUAUGAUGGAUACGGAAUAAACUGACUUAAAACUAGGGCAUAAAUCUCCUGCUUAAUUUAGUUCAAAUAAUCUUAAUUCGGUUCGAGGAAAAUGAAAUUACAGAUGUUUUCGUUACAGAAGUAGGAAUUACUCUCUGAGUCUGAAUUAAAUUUCAAUUGUAGAAUCCAUGUACUUUGUUGAGAAAUAUACCAUUGCUAAUCCUAUUUACCUAAUCGAACCGAUCAUCAAAUUGAUCAUCGUGCUGGUGACUUUCAUCUCCUGGAUUUGGUAGAAAUGGAAAUUCCAUAAUUCAGUAAUGAUCUUGUUGAAUGAUGAACACUAA